CAGUGUAGGGAGCUCAGCUCAGACGCCUACAUUUCCGGUGGGUCAGUGGGUGGUUGCGGGUGCUGCCGUGCGGCCCUCGAGCGCAUUACACCAGCUACGCAGCCUACGCUACGGUACACAGCACGCACGCAAACCCGCGCGCGACUCCAUCCAACCAACUGAACCACCGCCCUCUCCUUCCCUCCCUCCCACGGUGAGGUGGUGCGGUGACCGUCAUCUUGCUUCUUCGCCGAGUGCUCAUUCGACCAGCGGUGAUGGAAUCGGCGGCGGCGGCGGCGGUUCUGGUGGCGGCGGUGCUCCUCCUCUCCUCCACGCUCGCAGCUUCAGAUUUCUGCGUGUGCCGGUCGGACCAGCCGACGGCGGUGCUGCAGAAGGCGAUCGACUACUCGUGCGGGCAGGGCGCGGACUGCACGUCCAUCCUCUCCAGCGGCGGCUGCUACAACCCCAACACCGUCGCCGCCCACUGCUCCUGGGCCGCCAACAGCUACUUCCAGAAGUUCAGGGCCUCCGGCGCCACCUGCGACUUCGACGGCGCCGCCACCCUCUCCUCCUCCGACCCCAGUUUUUCAGGAUGCACUUUCCCUUCCAGUGCCAGUGCUGCUGGGACAACUGGCACUACGACGACGACCGGCACCUUCAGCCCUGGAGUCGGCACCGGCACCGUCACCGGCACCAAUGGCACCACCGGGAUGGGGAGUACCCUAAGCCCGCCGGGCACCGGCAACUUCGACGGCGCGGCGGCCGGCUUGCUCCCGAGGGCUGACCUGGCAAUCUUCCUCGCCGUCCUCUUCUCGUUCUUGGCAUUGCCAUGAAGUGAUCUCUGCUAGUCCUUGCCAUGGUAGAAGAAACACAGCAGUAGAUCAAACUCCUGUAUUAUUAUUUUUUAACUGUUUUUCAGUAUAUAUAGUUGUCUGAUCUACCAAAAGGGGAAAAAAGUAUUUGCAAAGUUUGAUUGGUUGGAGAGAAUCCAAAUUCCAUCUGCCCACUAGCACUAGGGAUUGCAUUGCUGCUGCUGUUCUUGUUGCUUAGUGUUGUGGGAUGAUGGUGUGAUGGUAUAACUUUUUGGUACUACCUUUCUGUGGUUCAUACAGGCUAGCUGCUGGUGCAUGGUUUGGUUGGUAGGAUGGCAGUCUCUUGUAUUUCUUGUUGUUGUUUUUUUUAAUAAUUUUCUGCUGAUGGUUGGUAGCUUCCUUUUUUACAAAGUCUUUGCAAAUCUAGAGGAAGAUAUACCUGCUGGCUUUAAAUUACGAUUUUUGUUUUCUUUAUGGGAGAGAGAACUUUGAUUUAGGAUUGGUAGUAUGAAGAUGAUGUUGGAACGAUCUUGGGUCCCUAUCAGGGUGUGAUGCUUUUAUUCUUGUAUCGUGGACGGUGGUGAAUGCUUGUCUGUGCCAAUUAUAUUCCCAACAAAAUCAUGCACAUGAUCU